AUGAAUCUCUGGCCCACAGUACAAACUGUUCAAGCAAAAACGAUUGCUUUGUAUCCAUAUGCCCACUACUCACCAAAGAUUAUCAAAUAUCUUUGCUCGGACCGAUUAUUAAUUGAGCAUGGUCCCUGCAAUCCUCCAUUUAAUCUUUUGAUUGUGUUUUUUCAAUUAAUAUUGACUGGGUGUCUUCAUAGUCCCCAGUUCCAACAAUUCACCCCCCAAUUCAUGGCGCUUCCCUGCCAAUUCAAAAGGGGUAAGUGA